AUGGCCAGCUCCCGAGACAAAGACGAACUCUGGGCCUCAGGCGAGGACCGUGUCAACGCGAUGCGAGGAUACAAAGCGGCAAUCCAUAACCCCCGCGUCUCCGACGAAGCCAAAGCCCACGCCCAAGACGUGCUCGACAACGAACUCGGCGGCGAUAAACCACGGCAUGAUCUGUACGCCGUGCGGGGGGAUCCCCAGAAGGAUCCCAUGCGGAUUGCAGCAGGAUACAAAGCAGCAACGAAGAAUCCCCGGAACUCAGAGGAGGGAAAGCAGCGGGCGAGUGAUCGACUGGAUGAAAUGGAAAAUAGAUAA